UAUUUCCAAUCUCACCCUUAACCCAAAACCCUCUCAAAAAAAAAUCACCUGGAAGAGAAAGAAACCUACGAGAAGCAAGAAAAAAAAAACUAAAGGAAAGAAGAAAUAAUGCUGGAGAGUAAAGAUCCAGCGAUUAAGCUCUUCGGUAUGAAAAUUCCUUUUCCGACGGUUUUAGAUGUAACCGAUGAAGAUGAAAAGAACCAAAACGAGACGUUAACCGAUCAAUCGGAGAAAGACAAAACCUUAAAAAAACCGACCAAGAUUCUUCCAUGUCCGAGAUGCAAUAGCAUGGAGACAAAGUUCUGUUACUACAACAACUACAACGUAAACCAACCCCGCCAUUUCUGUAAAGCUUGUCAGAGAUACUGGACCUCUGGUGGGACCAUGAGAAGUGUUCCCGUCGGAGCUGGACGACGUAAGAGCAAGACUACCAACAACUCAACCUCAUCAUCUCCGCACUACCACCACGUGACCAUCUCCGAAACGAAUGGUCCCGUCCUUAGCUUCAGCCUUGGAGAUGAUCAGAAGGUCUCGAAUCAUAUGUUCGGGAAUCCAAAGCCAGCAGUGUCUAGGAUAGAGAACAUUAAUGACGACUGCUCUAAUAACACCACUUCCAACGGUUUGGAUUGCUUUCCGGGAGUUUCGUGGCCGUACGCGUGGAACCCCGGUUUUUACCCGGUUUACCCUUAUUGGAACGUUCCAAUGUUGUCAUCUCCGGUUAAUAAUUCUAGUCCUAAUUCUACACUUGGUAAGCAUUUGAGAGACGAAGAGGAGACGAUGAAACAGCAGAAGAAUAGAUCGGUACUGGUUCCCAAGACUUUGAGAAUCGAUGAUCCUAAUGAAGCUGCAAAGAGUUCUAUAUGGACAACACUUGGAAUCAAGAACGACGUUCUGUUCAAAGGGUUUGAUUCGAAGAAAGAGGCUAAGGUUAUGAACAAAGAAGAAACAGAGACUUCACUUGUUCUUUGUGCUAACCCAGCUGCGUUAUCAAGAUCAGUCAAUUUCCACGAACAGAUGUGAUUGUGUAUACAUACGAUAUAUACCUAAACGUAUAUGUCACGUAUGUAUAGCAAUAUAGAUAAGGUUAACUCUGUCUUUUGUUUUUCUUCUUUCGGUCGUGGCUUACACGAGGCUUUAUAGUUUUUGUACCAUACACUUUUUUUAGUCUUUUAAGUUUGAUUUUUGUUAUAAGAUUACAUAACGAUGAAGGAAAAUUUUCCUUUUGACCUAUUAGAGCUAACAGUAAGUAUAUAUAAGAACUGUUGUAACUUGUAAGAUAUGAGAUAGAUAACUUUAGCUACUUUACACA